AUGUCUGCAAUCAUCUCCCUCUGGGCUCCUCUGCUCCUGUUCAUCUCAGGGGCUGCAGCUAUGGUGAAUUUGGAAUGUGGCUCUGCUCCUCUCAACACCAGGACCAGGAUUGUGGACGGAGAGGACGCCAUCCCAGGUUCAUGGCCCUGGCAGGUCUCUCUAAUCAGGUCCUCUGGUCCUUUUCACUUCUGUGGUGGAACUCUUAUCAACGACAGAUGGAUCCUGACUGCAGCUCACUGCAUGGACAGUUUGAACAUGUCAGACAUCACUGUGUACCUGGGGCGCCAAACACAGCAGCAGACAAACCCAAACGAGGUGGCGCGAACCGUGACGCGGGUCAUUAACCACGCAGAUGACUACAUCCAACCGGUGUGCCUCGCCGCACACGGCAACGAGCCUGACAGCAGUACCAAAGUGUGGGUCACGGGCUGGGGCAACAUCGACAAGGAGGUGUCCCUGCCGUUCCCGGGCUCUCUGCAGGAGGUCCAGGUCCCCAUUGUGUCUCGAACUCGUUGUCUCACCUUCUACUCCAUCGCAAUCACUGAGGACAUGCUGUGUGCUGGCACCGACACCAAAGGCUCCUGUCAGGGAGACUCGGGUGGUCCUCUGGUCUUGAAGAUCGGUAAGACCUGGGUUCAGUUUGGAGUGGUCAGUUUUGGUCGUGAGAGUGGCUGCACUGAUGCACCCAAUGUCUUCACCCGUGUGUCCCGGUACCAAACCUGGAUCAAGGACCGGGUGUCCAACAACACCGGGUUUGUGGAGGAGGACGGGACCUUCUCCAGCGCAGAGAGCCCGGUCCACACCCUGAGCAUUGUUCUGGUCCUGAGCUUGGCCCAAGUCCUGGCACCAUAG